CACACACACACACACACACACACACACACACACUCCCGCUCACACACGCGCUCUCUUAAGUGGGUCCAGGUCAAGCAGGAUGGAAAGGACCGUGAAAACAUGCUGGAAAGUCAUUUGUGAGUCUGGGAGUCCUGCCCGCUCGCUGUUUGUGCUUUUGGCAGUUGUUGCCGUCUGACCUGACCCUACGUGUCUGUUGGUAUCAGAAUGCUGGCGGUCUGUGGAGGAGCUUGUUGCCGAACAGAACUGGGGAAUGGUUUUAAUAAUCUCACACGUGGCCUCCUCACCCACGGUGCUGUAGAGGAGAAUGCGGCAGCAGUUGUUCAGCCUCAGGUCAAAGGGUCUGAAGGGGGUUUGUUAUCAAGUUGUCGUUCACACACACACACACACACACACACACACACACACACACACACACACACACAAUGCUUAUUCUCACCGGUCCUCCUCUGAUGUGUGGAGUGAGAGACGGUCCCGGCACAGAGCCGAGUCUAUUUCAGACGUGUGCUCACAGCCUGAGGCCGGUUCCAGAUCCACAAAACUCUCUGACAAAUGUGUCCCCCCCCCCCACGCAUUUUUCCGAGUGACGUUCCUUACCCCCACCCCAUCCUAUUCUUUGCCUGUGUGCAUGUGUGUUUUUUAUAGACAAGAGGUCACCAGUAGUGGCUCUCUUUUUUUUUUUCCCCGUUCCCUCCCUCUGACUGCUCCACUUAUCUACAGCCCAGCCCGUUGUUUCGUAGCCCUACUGUGGCUCGGUCGAGGACGGCUGCUUUUUGUUUAGAAGUGACUGCUGGAGUUCAAGGGAGGCAGAUGUUGGUCGUCGUUGGAGUACAAUGCGACGCCAGCACUGGACGGAAGCUCGCCCGGAUUCUUCAAGUGCUGCAUCAGAGGGAUGGGUGUUAUUGAAAAAGCCAUGAGGAGGAAACGCAGCAGAGGGAAACGAAAUAGAGGAGGAUCGGUGCCUGGUGAGGAGUGAAGAAGCUUUCGGGGUAAUGAGCAACAUGUGAACUUGUUAACUGGGCCUGUUCUCUUUGACCUUAAUUUAAACUGAGGAUUAGCCAUCUCAUCAGAGUUCUUGGUGGAAAGCCAAGGCUUGUUCUGCCCCGAGCAAACUCUAAAGGAGGAUUGGGAAGGAAACUAGCUGCUCAUUCCCUCGGAGAAAGCUUUUUUUUUUGCAUAUUUCCUUUUGGCAAGGAACUUGAAGCGAUUAAAAAGUUAAUUUAUUUGGACCGACUUCAAGAAACGAGAAGCGCACCGCAUUUACACUUACCGCCGUAAUGGAUUUGGAUCAGUUCUAUAACUCAGCCCGGGAGCGUGCUGUUUAUCUACCUGAAUUCAGCGCAUCAAAGGAUCCAAGAGUGUAUUGAUGAUCUCCGCCGUCUCAGGCAAUGGAGCUUCGUAAGAGAGUUAAGCCGAGCAAGCUGCAACAUCAUGCGGGCCCUCCGCGAGAUGCUGCAGAUGAAGGGAGACGCAGCGGUAACGUGAUGCGGAGCACAGAGCGGUCCCAUGCCGCCCAGGAGGGCGCGGGGGAGGCGGUUCUGCUCGGACGGUCCGGCGCUCAUUCCGGUCUGGGCAUUCUGGCCCGGCGGCCCUGGCGACGGCGUGUUUCCAUGGCGGCCGGGCUGUCAUUAGCCGGGCUGCUGGCGCUGACUCAGGCCUGGUGCGUCAACGCCAUACACGAGAACCUGCUGUGGUUCUCUCAGCUCACGGAGGUGGAGCGGGAGAUCUCGUUUCGGACCGAGUGUGGACUGUACUACUCCUACUACAAGCAGAUGUUGCAGGCCCCGUCCAUACAGGAAGGUAUGAACUGUGUUUAUGGUGGCGACAUCAUUUUUUUCCAUAUACAUAUUGCACCAAUAUUGUCUUUUUAUUGAAGUUAUCAAAUGUCAGCCUGUGCACUUGUCAUGUCAUCCUUGGUGUUAUGAGCGCUCGGGCUUUCUCCACAUGAAGCAAUGUGCAUGUGUCUCUAGUAAGAGAUACUCCUGUAUCAUUAAUGUUUAGACACGAGAACAAAAGUGUUGUGAAUGGAUUAAACAGUGUGCAUCUGAUGUAGCAUAGGCUGCAAAUGUUAGCAAGUCGGACUAACUAGCUUACUACAGUCCUAACCUAGCUGUGUGGAAGCCGGUCCUCGAUGCUAACAGAGUUUAAGCAAACGUUAACAGCUCUGUUCUGCUCUUUAUUGGAUUUGGGGACGUUUGCACCCUCAUAACUUACGUCGUCAUCCUAAAAGCGUUUUCUUUUGACUUCAAACGUGACAACACACUGUUUGAAACUGUUUAGACAUGCACGGAAACAUGACCGGGUUAGUACAGGCAUACAACCACGAGGCGG